AUGAGCCCGUACACAGGAUGGGAUAACGGCCCGAUGAGCAACCGCCCGGCGUUCACCGUCGGGUUCACGCGCUCGCUCGUCCCCGGCCGCGGCGACUCCGACCAGCCGAAGUACACGUACGAGGGCAGCGUGAAGACCGCGUCGCAGCGCGCGACGAGAGGCGUCCUGGAGUACUGGGCCAAGGGCGGCGACUCGGACACGGCCGCGAUGGCGUCCGCGUACAAGGAGCGCACGCUGCACUCCUCCGUCGCCUCCGCGCUCGCGUUCCCGGACGAGCUCCUGGGCGACAUCUACGCGGACCCGGACGAGGUCAAGAAGGCGAAGAAGCGCGGGCGCAACGUCGCCGCGGACGCGCCGCAGACGGGGACGCGGUUGAGCGACGACGAGGUCGCGGUCUUGAAGGGGUGGAGCAAAGUCGCGGAGGACGAGCGCGCGACGAAGGAGGCGUUCGACACGUUUCGAUCGAUGCGGGACGACCCCAUCACGGCGGCGCCGACGACGCCGCCGGCGAGCGUGAAGGGGUACUCCAGAGAGGAGCUCCUCGCGCUGCGCGACGCCGCGCCCGAGGGGCCCGUCGUGUUGGAAGGCGAGAAGAGGCGACUGCCGGCGGUGCGAUGGAGCGCGUGCGACAAGCGCGCGACGUCCAACGGCGCCGCGAGGAAUUGCGCGCCGACGAGCCUGUGA